ACUGUUCUCAAAAUGGCGACUGGAAUUGUAAGCGUGACAAAAACAACAAAGCCAAGGCGCAUUUCACAAUAAUUAAAUGUUUUUCGAGCAAUCGCGGCGCGUUUAACCGAUUGAAAGCGUUCGGAAUGCGUGAUUCGGGGACCCAGUGACCACGCAAUCCCGACCAGUGAACGCGAAGCGCAGCGGCGCGGUUAAUAAAGCAAAAAUACGGCGGGCGAAAACGCCGACCGCAUAACCUGUACGUUGAAUGGAGGGCGGAAAGGGCAAGAGAAUGAAGGAGGAGGCGCCAAGCAAGAAGUUGCCGCCUAAAAUCUACGGCGGCGAUGCGGGCCAGGGCACGCCCACGAAGGCGGCCCACGACGAGAUCCUCAGCUCACUGCUGCGAAUAAACAACUUCGACUCGAUCUCGAGCAUUAAGGACGAGUCGCUGGACAUCGAUCUGUCUGCGUGCGUGACCAUCAGUUCGGCCAGCCUGGUGAACGGGAACAGCUUGUCCUCGACGGACUUCUGGCGCGUGCUGGACGAGAGUGCUCAGAACAACACUGAGCUGAACCUCUCUUCGGACGUCUGCCGCGAUGAACUGGCGGCAAGUAGCUCCUCUGCCUCAGCAAGUGAUAACCACUCUAGCUCCGAGUUCAGUGUGACCUUCCUGCGGCCCGAGCCGCCGAACGCCUUCACCAAUUCACCCUUCAAAAAGACCCCCUCCAGCGGCACGUCGACACCCAUUAAGCUCUCGCCAGAACAGCUUCAGCAGCAGCAGCAGCCGCUCCAGCCGCAGCUGUUGCAGCGCAAGCCCAAGCUGCCGGCGGCCACGGCGCUGCGCCUUAAGGUCUUCAAGGAGGAGCCGCCCGAGGAGAAACAUCCGCCUGAGCAGGUGGUCGCCAAAGUGGAGGUGUGUGAGUCCGAGAUCCUGCCGCCCUCGUUCACCAUCUUUCAGCAGGCCAAGUCAGCGGAGGCGGACGCGGUUAGCAUGCCGCCACCGGCAACCUCGGAACCCAAGCCCUUUGAAGUAGACCCGACUCCGCUGCACAAGUGCCUCGACUGCAACGGCCUGCUGCUGGAAACUCCGGACGAAGUGGCCAAGCACGAGGCGGCCGCCCAUCGAAUGAGGCUCACCUACCGCUGCAACGAGUGCCAACGGGAGUUCGAGGUGCUGGCCGGACUGAAAAAGCACCUCAAGACCCACCGCACCGAGGGACGCAAGGACACCUGGAAGAAGUGUCCCGACUGCGGCAAGUGCCUCAAAUUGGGCAGUAUGUGGAUGCACAGAAAGAUCCACAGUGACAACAAGAAGUACCAGUGCGACAUCUGCGGCCAGAAGUUCGUGCAGAAAAUAAACCUAACGCACCACGCCCGGAUUCACUCGUCGGAGAAGCCGUACGAGUGUCCCGAGUGUCAGAAACGCUUCCAGGAGCGCUCGCAUCUGCAGCGCCAUCAGAAGUACCACGCGCAGACGCGAUCCUACCGCUGCGAAAAGUGCGGCAAGAUGUACAAGACGGAACGCUGCCUCAAGGUGCACAACCUGGUGCAUUUGGAGCAGCGGCCCUUUGCCUGCACGGUGUGCGACAAGAGCUUCAUCAGCAACUCGAAGCUGAAGCAGCACUCGAACAUACACACGGGCAUGCGGCCCUUCAAGUGCAACUAUUGUCCGCGUGACUUUACCAACUUCCCCAACUGGCUGAAGCACACGAGGCGCCGGCACAAGGUGGACCACAAGACGGGCGAACACCUCGAAAACAUUCCCUCCUACUGCUCCAAGAAAUCCACCACCAACAAGGCCCAAAAAGCGGCGGCGGCGGCUGCAGCAGCAGCUGCGGCGGCAACAUCAGGUGCGAAUCCGGACGACCUCUCAGCCCCCGGUGACCCGAAAGCGAAGCCCCCCGUUGCACCAGCUGCCGCGCCUGCGCCGGCCAAACAAGCUCGCAAAAAGAAGCAGCCGCAGCAGGCCACUCUUGCCGCAUUGGGAAUUACUCUGCCGGCGGGCACAGCCCUGCAGCAGGUACAUCCAGCGCCGUCAUUAGCGACAUCGCACCAGCAGGAGCUGACCACCGUGCUGGUUGCGCUGCCUCCGCCGGCACCCAAGCAGACCAAAGCCAAGCGGGAACGCAAGCAGCUGGCGCCCAAGCAGCUGCAGCAAAAGCCGCAGCUACCGCAGCAAGCUCAGACUCAACCGACCAGCCUGGAGCCCGUUGCUGCCGUGCCGCAAAUCAAGAAGGAGCCGGUGCAGAACCAAGGGCCCUUUCUUGACCUGCACGGCUUGAGUCUGACUUCGGCCGAGGAGCUGAUCAUGGAGCAGGCCCUGGAAAUGGAGGAGUGCGGUCUGUACGACGCACCCAGUGCGAACGCGGAAAUGGGCACGUCGGACAACGCAAUCUCAGACUCGGCUGCUGCCCUGCACUUUCAGAUCAAGAAUGAAAUACCGGACGAAUUCCUGCCGGACGAUGAUUUUAUGCCUUGUAAACCCAGCGAUCGCCUAGCUUGCCCCUCACUGGAGUCCUCACCGUUCUCGUCGCCCGCCUCAAUGGAGCUGACCGCCGUUUCCUCCGCAUCCUGUGCUGCCGCCUCGACGCAGGCAAUACCGACGCGGUCAGGAAACUACUACCUGCCCGCCUUUACGCUGAACGCGAACGGCAAGCUGAGUAGUACGGUCAGUGUGUCGCAAUCCGUGGCUACAAGCCUUUCCCAGACUCCCUCCGUGUCCAUGGUUAAUGUGCCGCUGGUAGUGCGCUCCAACCAGAUGCUGCCCUCCGUGGACACUCUGCUGUUCACCACCCAGACCGGCGGCAGUCGAUUUUUUGCGGGAAAGACGGCGACGGUGGCCACGCCGCAUCUGACAUGAUCGGGCGGCGCCUGCUGCCCACCAACAUGAACGCCUCAACGAUCUCCUGUGUCUUAGUUAAGUUAGCAGUGUCGACCAUGUGGCGCCCAAGCAACUGGGCGGUCGCUGACCGCUGGCAAUCGUUUAAUUAAUCCGGAUAAGUGUCCGUAGGUUAUAAGAGUAUGACGCUACAUUUGUUUAAGUGAUAGACCUAAGCUGAAUUCUGCAUAGCCCGUAAAUGUAUUGAGUGUAUAUAUAAACGAUUAUCUUUAGAAACAUAAUGAUACAUCUUUAAUUUGUACGCUUCACACCAAUAAUAAAUUUCGUACAUAUUUUAGUAAAUAUA